UUGCGAGAGGGGUAAGGACACCACCUCGCCCUCAUGGCCCGCCGGCAGGCCCGGAACAGAAAUGCGGUCAACGAAUGAACAGCCAAUGUGCUCGGGGAGUCAGCCUCAUGUCCCGCCUAGUAUUGAUACAAGGCAGUCUCGACGUCGGCUGUGACGCCCGAUGGUGCUCUGAACAGGCUCUCUGCGCUGUAGCUGAAAAUACACUGCAUCGAGCUUACCGAAUGCAGACACACCACCUGCCUACGAGCACACCAUCUAGGCGCGCUCAGCCUAAUUUCGGUUACAGUUACGUAUUUAUUCAUGAACACGAGAGCCCUGCUGGAAAAGCUCAUGCAGGUUAAAUUUUAAUAUCCCGGGGCGUUGUUUCUCGCCAGCGAGCCCUGUUGCUCUCUUUUUGUAUCUGGCCAAAUCCAACCGAGGUCACAGUUGGGGUCGCCCGUUGCGACCGAUCUUCACCCCAGCACGAACGAAGAUGGAGGGACAACAACAGCGACAACCGCCAGCGGAGAUGGGGAUAGACGUAGCCGAUGCGGAUGAGCACCAGCUUCAGACCCUCACCCGGGAGGAGCUGCAGGAAAGAAUCCAGCAGUACAACGAGCAGAGAGAGCGAUUCGACGUUGCGCCGACAAGGAACCAGCUCCUGGGCCCCUUUACCGUCUUCUGCUUGAUCAUGAACCGCACCAUCGCGAGCGGCAUCUUCACCCAGCCUGUCAACGUCCUAAGGGGCGCGGGGAGUUCUGGAGUCGCCCUGCUGCUGUGGGUUGUCGCCGGGCUCAUUAUCCUCUGUAUCGUGACAGGGUGGAUAGAGCUGGCCUUGACGAUCCCGCUCCACUACAUCUUCCGGAAUGGCAACUGGAUGAGGAUUUCGGCCCCCAGGAGCGGCGGGGAUAAGAACUACCUCGAGUACAUCUUCAAGCGGCCGCGGUACCUGAUGAAGUGCGUCUUCGGCAUCGCCUUCAUCAUAUUCGGCAACUUGGCCGGCAACGCCCUGCAAUUCGGCAUUUUCAUGUCCGUAGCUAUCGAUCCGCUGUGCCAGGAAAAGGAUGGCUGCCUCAAGCAAGGCCGCGUCGUGGGCUGGGGCGUGUCUGUUCUGACGUUCUGCGCACUCAUCAAUAUUACCACUCGAAAGUACGCGAUCGGGCUCAACAACUUCUUCGCCGUCGUAAAAGUGGCCUUCGUUGUUGUCCUCGCGUUUAUGGGCAUCAUCUACGGCUCCACUCAUGGCGAUACCUGCAGGCAGAUCAGCUGGCAGAACCACGGCGACUCGGGAAAGCUGGGCGACGUCACAAUGGCCCUGUUCUUCGCAAUGUACCCAUACACAGGGUACGAGCAACCGUUCUACGUGCUCGCCGAAGUGUCCCAGCCCCAGAAGUCGUUUGCAAAGUCGACGUUGAUCGCCAUGAUCACGGCCCUGGUGCUGUUCCCACUCGUCAACGUCAGCUAUCUCUGCAUGACGCCGUACGUGGGGAACGACGCGCUGCCCGAGAACAUUGUCAUUUCUUUCUUCGAGCGCAUUUCCGGCGGCACUGGCACAGAGAGCACCGGCUCCAUCCGGGGCGUGGCCUUGCUGCUGGCUUUUUUCAUUUUCGGUAAUCUCAUGGCGCAGACGUAUACGGCCGCGCGCGUCAAGCAGGAGAUCGCCAAGGAGGGCAUUCUCCCGUGGUCGCUUGCCUUUGCCACCGGCAAUGACACGCUGCUCUCUCGGUUGGGCCCGUGGUCUGGGCCUGCCGGCGACAAACUCCAGCCACAGCAGUACCAGCACGCCGUCUCCAACCUAGACGCGCACCGCGAGCAGUCGCCCAUCGCUGCAACUGCCCUGCACUGGAUCUUCGAGAUUCUCUUGGUCCUGGCAGUUGGGCUGUCGGUCGAGCCGUCCAAGGCGUACCGGCUCCUCACGUACCUCUACACGUUCGUGAUCGUCGGCGUGCUCGGCCUCUUCACCGUCGGCGGCCUACUGUACCUCAAGAUCGACUCGAUCGUUGCAGGACGCCGGUCGAGGAACUGGAGAGCAAAGACGGAAUGGCGGCCCUGGCUCGACCCGCUGCCGGCCUUCAUCGCCACGGUAGCUCUUGCGUUCAUGCUCACAACCGCGUUUGUGCCGCCCAGCGAUCGCGAUCAGGACGCAGUUCCGAACUGGAUCGGCCCGACGGUGGGAUGGGCCAGCAUCGGCCUCGGCGUGCUCUGGUAUUUGGGUCUGCUGUUUGUCCAGUGGGCGGGCAGGUGGAAGCUGGAUACAAAGCGCCUGCCGGUGGUGGAGAUUGACGAAGAUGGCCAGGCAAUCCAGCGUGCUGAGCUGGUGGAGCACAAUCAUAUCCCGACUGAGGGCGGUCUGCGGAGGAGACGGUGAUCAAUGGACUAAAUGAAGCGGGAAUAGAUGAAAUAACCCAUAAUCAAACAACAUCAGAUGCUGCAGCGUGCUCGCUUAUGCUGCACUACGGCUGCUUGCCGUGUGACUCAGGCCGCGUCAAUGCAGAAUU